AUGAAACGAUAUAAAAGACUGAAGAAGCGGGCCGGAGAGUUGGGUCUGAUGGACAAAAGAAAGAGGCGGUACGAGCCUUCACUGGUGAUUCCUCAACCAGAUAACGAGGUGGACAAAAGACAGAGGCGGGACGAGCCUCCACUGGUGAUUCCUCAACCAGAUAACGAGGUGGACAAAAGACAGAGGCGGGACGAGCCUCCACUGGUGAUUCCUCAACCAGAUAACGAGGUGGACAAAAGACAGAGGUGGGACGAGCCUCCACUGGUGAUUCCUCAACCAGAUAACGAGGUGGACAAAAGACAGAGGCGGGAUGAGCCUCCACUGAGGCGGGACGAGCCUCCACUGGUGAUUCCUCAACCAGAUAACGAGGUGGACAAAAGACAGAGGCGGGACGAGCCUCCACUGGUGAUUCCUCAACCAGAUAACGAGGUGGACAAAAGACAGAGGCGGGACGAGCCUCCACUGGUGAUUCCUCAACCAGAUAACGAGGUGGACAAAAGACAGAGGCGGGACGAGCCUCCACUGGUGAUUUCUCAACCAGAUAACGAGGUGGACAAAAGACAGAGGCGGGACGAGUCUCCACUGGUGAUUCCCCAGCCAGAUAACGUGGUGGACAAAAGACAGAGGCGGGACGAGCCUCCACUGGUGAUUCCCCCGCAGAAUGACGUUGGUGGCGACUCUGUGCAAAAAGAAACUGACGAUUGUACAAUCCCAAUAGAAAGCAGUUCUCCAGCACCCACGUUUGAGUGUUCAGAGUCCCAGACUGUUUCAGGGCGAUGGAGUUCAUUUGUCUGCAGAGGGAAAUAUGUUAUUUCUGCGUAG